UCCCAGAAUGCCAAGGCCGAGGGCACAUUCCAGGUGACGAUGCUCCCGGGGGAUGGAGUGGGCCCGGAGCUCAUGCACGCGGUCAAGGAGGUGUUCAAGGCUGCCAGUGUCCCCGUGGUGUUCGACGAGCACCACCUGAGCGAGGUGCAGAACACGGCGUCCGAGGAGAAGCUGGACCGCGUCGUGGACUCCAUGAAGGAGAGCAAGGUGGCCCUCAUAGGGAAGAUCCACACGCCCAUGGAGUACAAGGGAGACCUGGCAUCCUAUGACAUGAGGCUCAGUGUCCUUAAUUUGGGGCGAGCAACCCCCACGACAUCUGCCUGUUGCCAUCAUCAUCCUCACCCUAAAUCGCAGCUACUGGGGGCAGAACUCUGUCCAGCCCGAGCCAGGGGGGUGCUGGGGAGCUGCUGGGGGGCUGUGCUGUGUGUGACCCCCCCGUGUGCCCCCCUGUGCCCCCAGAGUGUGAAGGGGGUGAUCGAGUGCCUGAAGAUCAUCACCCGCGCCAAGUCCCAGCGCAUCGCCAAGUUCGCCUUCGACUACGCCACCAAGAAGGGCCGGGGCAAGGUCACAGCCGUGCACAAGGCCAACAUCAUGAAGCUGGGGGACGGGCUGUUCCUGCAGUGCUGUAAGGAGGUGGCAGAGCUGUACCCCAAGAUCAAAUUCGACACCAUGAUCAUCGACAACUGCUGCAUGCAGCUGGUGCAGAACCCGUACCAGUUCGACGUGCUGGUGAUGCCCAACCUGUACGGGAACAUCGUGGACAACCUGGCGGCGGGGCUGGUGGGCGGCGCGGGCGUCGUGCCCGGGGAGAGCUACAGCGCCGAGUACGCCGUGUUCGAGCUGGGUGCCCGGCACCCCUUCGCCCAGGCCGUGGGCAGGAACAUCGCCAACCCCACGGCCAUGCUGCUGUCGGCCUCCAACAUGCUGCGGCACCUCAACCUGGAACACCACUCCAACGUGAUCUCGGACGCGGUGAAGAAGGUGAUCAAAGGCGGCAAAGUCCGGACUCGGGACUUGGGCGGUUACUCCACCACCUCCGACUUCGUCAAGUCCGUCAUUGACAACCUGCACCCCCACUACGGGGCUUAGGCCCCCCGGCAGCCCCCACAGCGCCUCGGCCCCCCAAACCCCUCCCCAGCCCCCCCUGCCCCGGCCCAGCUGCCCCAGCCCCCCCGGGGAGAAGGGGGGCUCCCCCCUGUCCAGCCCAGUACCUCCAGUAACCCCGUCCCCCCACUCCCAGUUCCCCCAGUAGGGAUGGCUCCAUGGGAGGCCAGGGCGGAUCUCAGGGGCCAUUGGGGUGACAGGGGGGGACGGGGCAGUGCCCCAAACGCACAGGCAGCUUCCAGGGACAUUGGGACCACCAGUACUGUGGGACCACCAUUCCAUGGCCCCUCGUGACUGUGGGACCACCAUUGCCAUGGGACCCCCGUCACUGUGGGACCCCCAUUCCCAUGAAGCUUUAAGCAAUAAACGGGACCACAGGGCUCCCCCACCCUCCUUCCCCCUGUCUGCUGCUGGCACAGGGACAGGGGGCCCUGUGGCUCCUGGGACCAGCCAUGGUGCCACCCUGGGGGUCCUGGUGGCUCCUGGGACCAGGGACCAGCCCCAGUGUGAGCCCAGGGGCCCCUGUGGCUCCUGGGGUUGCUGUGGGGUGGGAGCUGGGCUGUCAUUGUGCUGUGCUCUGUAACUCCUGCUUGCUAAUAAAGGGUCCAACGCUUCCCUCCGGCCCGGGGGGUCAC